AUGUCAUUAGAUCUCUCAUCUGACUGUGAGUGUCCUAAUUGUUUGGAGAGUGCUCAGAAUGAGUCUGAUUGGAAUCCCUCCUCCAGCAAGAGAGGUAACAGUUCUUUAUAUCCAAGAUCAAGGAAGAAAUCCAUGCGUUCUUCCAGUGCACAGUGCUUUCCUUCACAGCUUUGUGCCACAAGGCCAGAGAGUGAUAAUAAAGAAGACUUAGCAUUUCUUCCCUCAGAGGAGGAAAGCUAUGUGAAGUUUUUUCAAAACAAUCUUCUCAGUCUGAGCUCCAAAGACAUCCAAAGGAAAUUCAGACCGUUGAGAGAGUGGACCAUCCAAGAGUUAGUGAGGGAGUUUGGGGAUAGUGGGAAGCUCCCACCAAGCUCCAUGUCCCUGGGCUACUUUAGAGAUCAGGUCGCUAUGACGUUCAGAAGAGCACUGUAUUAUUCUGGAAUCUGGGUGACACAUGUCCAAGGCCACAGACUUAAAAAGCACUUUUCAGCUAAUUAUUUCAAGAGAAAUCCUGGUUGCCUACACCGGCUGAUUCCCUGGCUGAAACGAGAACUGACAGCUGUUUACGGAGAUUAUAGCUACACAGUGAAGAAUAUCCUAGCCACUAUCCUUCAUCACAUGACAGAAUAUGAUUUGGACAGUGAGUCCUUCAUUCACCUCCUGGAACCUUAUCUCCUACAGCACACCCACCAUUUCCUGCAUGAGUUUAUCAGUUUCAUUCAUUCACCCUACAACAUGGACACCUAUGACCAGCGAGCCAUCUAUCAAUGCUUUGUUGCUUCACCACAGGAAAAAGAGAACUCCAUUUCACCUGCUCCUGUCAUACCUUUGACUAAGGAUCGUGCUCAACUGAUCUCUCAACAUAAUACAAAGCCGUCUAAAAACAUCCAGGGUCAAUGGAAUAAGGAGGAGAGGCCACUGUCAGGGUUAAAACUGUUUUCAAAUAGUAACUCUUCCUUGAAGAAAUCUGAAAUUCCACCAGUCUUCCAAAAAACAGUAAGUAAAAUUCAUGGUGGCAUCAAAGACAAAACAGAAUCAAGUCACCAUAAAGGCAAAAUUUCUAUUAACAAUAUGCUCCUGAAUUGGGCUACCCCAAGGGAAAGGGCCCCAGGCUUACUUAAUUGCAAAAAAAAAGUUCAAGAGAAAAUGUUAGAAGGGAUAAAGUUACUUCCUGGUCAUACUCAUGAUCUGGACAAGAGUGAAACAACUGCACACACCACUAGUACUCCAGCAAUUUCUAAUCAGGUGCAACCAUGGAAGUACAGUCUAACAGACAGAAGCGUUUUGGGUUUUGGUCAGAAGAUAAAGUUCCAGGAAAAAAAAGGAGGAAAAAACAAAUACUCAGAUUCUUCACCAAAGAUAUUUCAAAGAUUGCCCAGAGAAAGAUCCUUGACAAAUUGCAAAUCCAGAAAGAGAGAUCCCUCUUGGAGUUGCAUUUCAGAAAAUACCUUUUCUCCUAAGAGAGAUGGUAGGAAGCAGAGUUCUUUCAGGAAAAAGAGAAUGAAGUGUAGACAAUCCUCCCAAUUUGUCAAAGUUGGUUCACACUCCGGUAGAAGAAUCCAAAGACGAUCAAGGUCCAAAACUCACAGAUCCAAAUCCUGGUGUGUCGGAUCUAGAAAGAGAUCUGUAAGCAGAGAAUCAAGUAAUCUCUCUCUCAGAGGAAGUCACAAAAGUGAACACUUCACCCAGGAUAUAUGCUGUGAGCCUGCAAAAGAAAAUAACGUGUAUGACAGUGAAUCAAACGACAAGAAGGUAUCUUCAACUACAGUCCAAUAUGCGAAACUUUCUUCAACUGCUAGGAAGAAACUCAAGAGUCCUUCUAAAGGUGAAGGAGCUUCCCAAACUGGAAGCCACUGCAACAGUCCCACAUGCUUACAACUUGAAAAACACAGAUCCCCAAGUAAAAAAGAGAUAAAGCAAAAAACCUCAUUUCCUAGAGCCAGAAGAACCAGAGCAGUUAGAAACAGAGAAAACAAAUGCCAGUAUUCAGAUAUACAAACCACAGAGGAAGUCAGUGAUGAAUCAGAGGAUCUGGAUGACAUUAGACAAAUUAGUAGUCUUUCUGAAGUACACCUUCCUGCAGGAAGCAAAUCCACAAAAAAUAGAAUUCAAGUUUUCAAAGUAAUUGUGGGGUCAAGAAUGAAUACAAAGAAGAUAUAA